AUGGAUGAGCUGCAGGAGUUGGUAACACAUAACAGCCAUGGAGGAAGAGAAGCCACCGGACCAGCAGCAUUGCCCCCAAUGACCCCAAAACUAGAGCUAACAGUCGAUGAAGUGAUCGAUGAAUAUGUUGGGUCGUUAGGAUUUUCGCAGCUCAUACAUGUCUUCUUGGUGUCUCUGGCAUGGGUUUUUGAUUCCCAGAACACCUUGGUUACUAUCUUCAGUGACGCAAAGCCCUCUUGGGCGUGCAAGGGUGGUGGGUCUUGGUGUGAUCCUGGUUCAACCGGGUCAGUCUGCAAGGUUGAAUCGGGGCAUUGGGAGUGGAUCAGAGGGAACGGUAGCUCGACCAUAGCUGAGUGGGGAAUCAUCUGCGACCGAAAGUUUUAUGCUGGCAUACCUGCAUCCUUGUUCUUUCUUGGUUCAAUCUUGGGAUCUGCCGCUUAUGGCUGCUUGGCAGGCUCAUAUCUAGGAAGGAAGAGAGCAGUGCUUGUCUCAUGCCUCCUAACAUCCAUAACUGCCUUCCUCACAUCCUUUUCUCCUAAUGUUUGGAUCUAUGCCCUCCUUUGCUUCUCUAAUGGGUUUGCUUGGUCUGGCAUUGGUAUUUGCUGCUUUGUCCUCUCGACAGAAGUCAUAGGACGAAAAUGGCGAGGCCAAGUUGGACAAUAUGGCUUCUUCUUCUUCACUACAGGCUUCCUUUCACUUUCCUUGAUUGCCUACCCAAACAGAACAUCUUGGAGAAACAUCUACAAGAUCAUAUCCCUUCUCCCCUUCCUCUACUCCAUUUUGAUCCUUCCUUUUGUGUCCGAGUCACCUCGUUGGCUCAUUGUUAGAGGAAGAAACAAAGAAGCUUUGCAAAUCUUAAAUAAGUUGGCAAGACUGAAUGGGAAGAAGCUUCCACAGAAUUUAACCAUUUCAAACUCAUCCACCAACAUGAAUGAAUCUGUAUCAACCAAGAGCUUGUGGUCUGCAAGAUGGGCUGCUAAGAGGAUGCUCACAGUUAUGAUUGCUGGUUUUGGAGUUGGGUUUUUAUACUAUGGCAUCCAACUAAACGUCGAGAACUUGAACUUGGAUCUUUACUUCACGGUCGUACUAAAUGCCCUCGUGGAAAUUCCAGCAGUGCUCAUCGGUAUUGUGCUCCUGAGUUUCACAGAUCGCCGUCUUCUAAUCUCAUCAUCAGCUUACAUCGCUGGAGUGUCAUGCAUCCUAUGUAUCUUCUUCUCUAGGAAGAACACUGGCAAUAAGGAACAAGUGGAGGGUGAAGCUAAAAAUAACUGGCCUCAGUUAACCAUGGAAGCAAUCGGAAUCAUGGCAGCUUCAAAAGUCUUUGAUGUCCUAUAUAUAUUCUGUGUCGAGCUGUUCCCUACGAAUGUCAGGAACUUUGCUGUAUCAAUGUUGCGACAAGCACUGAUGCUGGGAGCCUCAAUUGCACCACUUCUGGUAGUGUUAGGCCGUUUGAGCCCAUCACUCUCUUUUCUGGCAUUUGGAGCCCUCGGUAUAUUCAGUGGGCUUGUGAUAAUAUGGCUUCCUGAGACUAGGAAUGCCCCUCUUUAUGAGACAUUGGAGCAGCAAGAGGAGGAAAAGCUAGCUUCUUUCUCCAAUUUAGGAGUAGAACUGGAAAGCAUUGAAGUAGUUUCAGUAUGGUAUUCCCAUCCUUUGUUAGCAUCCAUGUAAACGACCAACAAACGUGAAAUAGUUAUCAUCUGUAAGUCUUCUGCUACUGUACUAAACAUCAGCAAUCUCCACUGUGAAUCACCCUAGAUAAAUGUUUCCAUCUUCUUUCA